AUGCUCUGUCCAGCCUGCAAUCGUUGCACCGCCGUUUGGGGGCUCUCACUCGAAGAGAACUCCAGCGAAGAAGUGGUCGCCUCUUGCAUUGCUUGCAAUACAGCGCAUAGGAAAUUAGAUUUGCCGCUUGACGAGGAGGAAAACCUAGAGAAGCAAGUGCAGAGUAUCUUUCUGUUGGGGGGUUCACCGGUGGAGAAAAUUCAUGAUCUGCAAGCUCGCGUGCUGAAAACCCUUGGCGGGGCACACUGGACGGCUGCUGCUCUCAUGGAGCUGCGCUACCGGAAGGAUCCAAUGGUCAACGGUUUCACCGUGAUGCAAUGGGGAGAGGCGGAGGCCAGAUGGCGUAGGCUGGCAGUCGCAGAAAUUCCAUGGCUCUACUACAUGUCGAUCUUUGCAUUGGGAAAUGGCUGUAAGCCGCAUCUACAACGUCAACAGGGUCAGACCGUUUUUGCUCUAGCUGGAAGAAGGUAUUGGAAUGAAUGCUAUGAGUUCUGCAGGAAGUUUUGGGGAGAGGAGGACCAGGAUGUUCAAAACAUGGAAGCCAUGUUUGAAAGAUGCCGAACGAGACGCAGCCGACCAGAUGUUGUUGUCUGCACUUACAACAAAUGCGUUAAGGCUAUUGAUGAUCGCGUUGGCGGUGCCGGUCCAAACCUAAAAAGAUGUGCCGCCUGUGGACUUGCCCGAUACUGUGACAAAGCUUGCCAAAAAAGUGACUGGCAUGACCACCAGGAGGUUUGCAAGAAGGUCGGAGCACUAAAGGAUCUGGAGGCAGUCAAAGAAUGGCUGAACACUCACCCAACCCAUUUCGGAUGA